AUGACCUACUUACAAGAUGUUCCGGACAAUCGCCUGUCCCAAAUUCCAGCCAGUAUUGCCAGAGGUGGUACAAUUGUACCAUUCGUUUUGAAAAAAGUUUGUCCAAUAUGCCAAAAACCCUACAAAGAUAAAAGGUCUUUGAAAAAACAUCUCAUAACCCACCAAACCGAACGCCCAUUCAAAUGCCCCAUAUGCGAAAAAGGCUUCAAAAGAAAAUACGAAAUCACCAUUCACAUGGUUUCACAUGGCAAAAGCGCCACCUACCAAUGCGACUAUUGCCCAAAAGCCUUCAAACAAAAACAAACCUUCCUCAUCCACAAAAACCGCCACUUGAAACAAUAUUGCGCCACCUGUCAAAAGUGCAAUAAAGGCUUUAUAACUAAAUCCGAAUACUCUAAACACAUGGAAUACAAUCACGGAACAAACUCGCAUGUUUGCGAAAUAUGCGGCCGCUCUUGUUAUGAUAAAGCAUCCCUAAUCAACCACUUAAAAACCCACAACGCAGGCUACCACGUGGAAAAAUUCAAAUGCGAGCUGUGCAACAAGAAAUUUGCUCAACAAAAAGGCCUUGACCAGCACACAGUGAGAAUCCACAAAGACGGAGGCCAAAAGUACGUGUGCGACGUGUGCGGCAAAGAAAUACACUCCAAAGUGAGCCUUAGAGGCCACAUGAACGUCCACAAAGGUCUCAAACCGAUUCAAUGUCCGCGCUGCGAGAAAACCUUUGCGUUGCGCAGCACUCUGAGGACACACUUGCGCAUUCAUACGGGCGAAAGGCCGCAUGCGUGUCCCGAAUGCGGCAAAACUUUCACGCAAAGAGGACCGUUGAAGGCUCACCUUAAAGGCCACAAAGGUGAAAAGGCUUUCGGUUGCGAUAUUUGUCAGGAUAAAAGGCACAAUAUUAAAAACGAACCAAUAGAUUCAGUGCCGUGUCCACAUUGCACGAAAACCUUCAAAAACAACCGCUUCCUCAAAAAACAUUUGAUUUGCCACAAAGAGGACCGUCCAUUUGCCUGUCCGCAAUGUCCAAGAACCUUCAAACGAUCGCACGAAUUAAAAAAUCACACUAUUUCAGUCCACGAGAAAAGCAAAAAGUUCCACUGCAACCAGUGUCCGAAAAUCUUCAAAACAAAACACGGUUUUUUGGAUCACAUCAACAGACAUUUGAAAAAGUUUAUUGCCAAAUGCGAAGAGUGCGGCAAAGGGUUUGUGACAAAACAAGAAUAUGACGCACACAUUUACAAAAAGCAUAACAUCAAUCGUGAGUUGUUGGUUUGUUCCAUUUGCGGUCGUACUUGUGUGGACAAGGCUUCACUAGCUGGUCACUUGCGCACGCACGAGCAAGGGUACCACGACGAAAAGUACUCAUGCGAGUACUGCGGCAAAAAAUUCGCGCAGCGGCGUGGGCUCGAGCACCAUCACGUGCGCAAACACAAAGACGGCGGCGAAAAAUAUGUUUGCGACUUGUGCGGCAAAGAAGUCAACUCGCUGCGCAGUCUCAAAGGCCACAUGUUGCUGCAUCAAGGUCUCAGGCCCUUGCAGUGUCCCGAGUGCGAGAAGUGUUUCGUGUUGGAGAGUACUUUGAAGCAACACUUUUUGACUCAUACUGGAGAAAGGCCGCACAAGUGCAAGGAGUGCGGUAAGGCUUUUACGCAAAGGGGGCCCUUGAAGGCUCACUUGAGGACGCAUUCUGGGGAGUUGCCUUAUAAUUGUGGCCCAGUUGGUAAACUGAUAAGGGUUGACCAUAAGGCACAGGUACAGAAUUAG